AUGAAUACGCAAAUUCAAGCUUACACUCCAUUCUUGUCUUGUAUUUCUCCAUUUCCAUCAUUUCGUCGGAAUCAAUUGCUUAGGACAAACCCACGGUUUAUUGUGCGAGCAAGCCCUAAGAAGAUAUCAUUGGGUAAAGAGUGCAGACAGAAUCUACAAACUGGAAUUGAUAAACUCGCUGACGCUGUCUCUCUUACCGUAGGACCUAAAGGGAGAAAUGUUAUUCUUUCUGAAUCUGGAAAGCUUAAAGUAGUUAAUGAUGGUGUUACAAUUGCUCAAUCGAUAGAGCUUUCUGAUGCAAUUGAGAAUGCCGGUGCCAUGCUAAUUCAAGAGGUUGCAAGUAAAAUGAAUGAUUUGGCUGGUGAUGGUACUAGCACUGCUAUAAUUUUGGCUCGUGCCAUGAUUAAAUCCGGACUAUCAGCAGUUGCAUUUGGGGCUAAUCCUAUUUCUUUGAAGAAGGGGAUGGAAAAGACUGUAAAAGAUUUGGUGAAGUUCUUGAAGAAGAGAAGUAUUCCUGUUGAAGGAAGGGAUCAUAUCAAAGCUGUAGCCUCAAUUUCUGCUGGAAAUGACGAGUAUGUUGGUAAUUUGAUUGCUGAAGCUAUAGAGAAGAUUGGAUUUGAUGGGGUGGUCACCAUUCAGUCAUCCUCAUCAUCUGAAACCUCCGUGGUAAUUGAAGAAGGGAUGAAGAUUGAUAGGGGUUACAUGUCUCCUUACUUCAUUACCAACCAGGAGAAAUCCAUUGUGGAGUUUGACAAUGCUAAAGUUUUGGUAACUGAUCAAAAGAUUUUAAGUGUCAAAGAAAUAGUUCCUUUGUUGGAAAAGGCUAUGCAGUUAAGUGCCCCGCUCUUAAUUAUUGCGGAGGACGUCACGCCACAAGUGUUGGAAACGUUAAUAGUGAACAAAAUGAAAGGAUUACUACAAGUUGCAGCUGUAAAGUGUCCAGGAUUUGGAGAUGGAAAGAAAGCGUUGUUACAAGAUAUUGCGCUCAUGACAGGUGCUGAUUUUCUUUCUGGAGAUUUGGGUCUCACACUUGAAGGUACAACAUCUGACCAGCUUGGUACUGCGCAUAAAGUGACAAUAACCAGUAACACGGCAACUAUAUUUGCCGAUCCACACACUAAGGCUGAAAUUCAGGCUAGAAUUUUACAGAUUAAGAAGGAUAUUACUGAAACAGACAAUGCAAACCAUUCGAGGAAGCUCUCAGAGAGAAUCGCAAAACUCUCUGGUGGUAUAGCUGUUAUAAAGGUAGGCGCGCACACUGAGCUAGAACUUGAGGAUAGAAAACUAAGGAUUGAGGAUGCUAAGAAUGCUACUUUUGCUGCCAUAAAUGAGGGAAUUGUUCCUGGAGGGGGUGCCACAUAUGUCCACCUUUUGGACUUGAUACCUUCCAUAAAGAACUCCAUGGAAGAUCUAGAUGAGCAAAUUGGUACUGAUAUUGUGGCGAUGGCACUUGUCGAACCUGCUAAAACAAUUGCAGCUAAUGCUGGAGUUGAUGGAGACGUUGUUGUCGAGAAGACUAAAACGUUUGACUGGAGAAUCGGAUAUAAUGCCAUGACUGACACGUAUGAAGAUCUUUUGAAUGCUGGAGUAGCAGAUCCUAGCCGAGUUACAAGAUGUGCUCUUCAAAGUGCAGUCUCCAUUGCUGGUGUGGUUCUAACUACUCAAGCUAUAUUGGUUGAUAAAAUAAAGAAACCCAAGUCACGUAUACCUAUGGUCCCUGGUAUAACUCCCUAA